AAGAGAAGCUGCUCUCCAUCUCCCCAUUCACUGAGAAUUUCAGAAUUGAAUUGCAAGUUUUGAUUUUUUGUUUGUUUGGAAGAGCCAAAGUUUUGAUUUUUAUUUUGUUGGGUUUUAACUCUCUUUCCAAGUUUUGUGCGUGGACGACGUGUCGUUGGGAAAUGAGCGAUGCUAAACCCUUGGGGAAACAACAAGCUUCGUCCUUUCCUCAUUGAGAGCCAAAGUACCAAAAGGUGAGAGUGUGACAGCGAAAAUCUAAGGACUGAGGAGUUGGGAAGGUAUGGCUGGUAUUGGGGAUCUGAGAGUCUCGGCAACACUGGCUUCUCGUACGACGCACACUCUCCGGAGCUCUUUGCCGUCUUCGAAGGUAGAAUCCGUCAGCUUUCUGAGCGGAGGGUCUAACAUUUCUGAAAUUAAACCAAAGUGGCCCGGGAUAGCAUUUGUCAGACGUGAUAUUCGUCAACAUUCCAAGCGUUCUCUUGGAGAUUUUCAAAUGUCACCGAACUCCAUUAACCAAGAUGCUGAGAGCUUCCUCAUUAACGCCAUCAAUAUGAGUUUCUUUGAACGAUUCAACUUGGCUUGGAAGAUAUUGUUCCCAUCACCAGCCUCUAGAAGGAGCUCUAAUGCAAAUAUAGCCAAGCAGCGCUUGAAGAUGAUCCUCUUCUCUGACCGAUGUGCAGUUAGUGAUGAGGCUAAACGGAAGAUUGUCAACAACAUCGUGCAUGCUCUGUCUGAUUUUGUGGAGAUUGAAUCACGCGACAAAGUUCAGCUGAGUGUGUCUACUGAUACUGACCUCGGCACCAUUUACUCAGUCACAGUGCCUGUAAGACGGGUUAAGCCAGAAUAUCAAAUUGGAGAUGAGACUGGAACAAUAACAAAUAUCGAAUACAAAGAUACCGGAGAAAAGUCUGGUGCUGUAGAUGUCAGGUUCGAUUUCUUCGUCCCUGACGAAUGAACCAGAUGAAUCCCAGGUUCAAGAAAUAGAUUGUGGUUGCCAAAUAACAGAAGUUUCUCUUUUAGAUGUGUUUCAAUCUCAGUGAGUGAGACUACCUUUGUUUUCCUGUAUAUAUAUGAAAAAUUCAUGCUAGCCAAUCAAUGAUUUACGUUUCUUCUGCU